UAUGCAUGUGGUGGUCAUUUUGGACCAAGAAGGACAGCGGCCAAGAUCUUACAGAGUGGUUUCUUUUGGCCAUCUUUAUUCAAAGAUGCAUACCUAUGCUGCCAGGCUUGUGAUAAGUGUCAACAAGUUGGAAAUCUUUCUCAGAGAAAUGAGAUGCCCCAACAAAGUAUUUUGGUGAUUGAACUAUUUGAUGUUUGGGGUAUAGACUUCAUGGGACCUUUCCCUUCUUCACAUGGCAAUCUUUACAUCUUGGUGGCGGUUGAUUAUGUCUCUAAGUGGGUGGAGGCAAUAGCUUCUCCAACAUGCAAAAGUUCUGUGGUGUUAGGUUUCUUGCAGAAUACUAUUUUUCCCCAAUUUGGAAUACCUCGUGCUAUCAUCAGUGACGAAGGUACGCAUUUCUUAAACCGCACCAUGGCUUCCCUUUGUGCAAAGUAUCAUAUUCACCAUCGCAUAGCCACCCCAUACCAUCCACAGACAUCUGGACAAGUUGAAGUAUCUAAUCGUGAGCUCAAGAGGAUUCUUGAGAAAACUGUCAGUUCAUCUCGAAAGGAUUGGAGUUUAAAGCUUACUGAUGCUUUGUGGGCAUAUAGGACAGCUUAUAAGACACCAAUUGGGAUGUCUCCUUUUCAUUUGUUGUAUGGGAAAGAUUGCCAUCUGCCUAUGGAACUUGAGCACAAGGCAUAUUGGGCUAUUAAGCACCUCAAUUUUGACUACCAAGCAGCGGGAGAGAAGCGGAAGCUGCAGUUGAAUGAACUGGAAGAAAUAAGGAAUGAUGCUUAUGAGAAUGCAAAGAUUUACAAGGAUAAGACCAAGAAAUUUCAUAAUGCUCACAUCCUUCGUAAAGAGUUUCAACCGGGUCAGAAGGUUUUGCUUUUUAAUUCAAGAUUGAAACUAUUCCCAGGAAAGCUCAAAUCACGUUGGAAUGGUCCAUAUCGUGUUGUACAGGUCCAUCUUCAUGGGGCUGUGGAUAUCCAAAACUUGCAAAUUGGUUUUGUCUUCAAAGUUAAUGGACAUCGCUUGAAGUUAUACAAUGAGUCUCCAUAUGAUCUUGUUAAGGAUUCCAUCACUUUGAAGGAACCUGUUAUUUGA